AUGGAGCCGGUUGAGGUGGAGUUCCUGGCUGAGAAGGAGCUGGUGACGAUCCUGCUCAACUUCAGCCUCGACCGGAUCCACCUCAUCGGGGUCGGCGGGCAGGGGCUGGGGGGGUGGAUUUGGGCACCCGCCCGGGGGCUGAAGGGCCUGAGGACAGGACUUGGGGAAAAACUGGAGGAAAUCUGGGACCAGGAAUGUAAAGAGGACACCUUCACUCUGAUGCCCAGUCCCUAUUAUAUGGAACUCACAAAGCUGCUGUUAAACUAUGCCUCAGACAACAUCCCCAAGGCCGAUGAGAUUUGCAUGCUGGUGAAGGAUACCUGGGACACCCGGAUAGCCAAGCUGUGGCUGUCUGCAGACAGCUUCAUCAGGCAGCAGGAGGCUCAUGCCAAGCUGGAUAACUUAAUCUUGAUGGAGAUCAACACAACCAGGGCUUUCCUUACUCAAGCCUUAGAUCACAUGUACAAGCUCCAGACUAACCUUCAGCCUGAUGAGAGUGCUCAUUCCCAGGAUUUCUGA